CCCCGUUGUAACCGUCUCGACUGCAAAAAGAAAGCAGCUAGAGAUGGCAACGAAUAUCCCCCCAGAACUCCUCCAAUCCAUCCUCCUCCUCCUCGACUUCGACUCCUUCCACUGUGCCUCGCGAACAUGUCGAACGUGGCGAAACGCAGCCCAGUCCGCGCAUCUAUUGCGUCAUAAGCUACAAACCGUCCCAGGGCUUGACCUCUCCCUACACACCACGCAGCAGGACCUAAAGCGCAUAUACCAGCACGUCUGUCGCCGGAAUCUCAUCGGGAUACGGAACGGCGUGCAGUUCUCUACUCCCGAGUCAUCGAUUUGUUCAUCGGGCAAGAUUGGGAGUAUCCCCGUCCGAUCGAGGCAUGGCGUUCAGUCUGCCCAUGUGCGCGGGAUGACGCUCGUUUUGGAUCCUUCUGCAUCUGCCGGUCUUGCAGGGAAAGGCCGCGAGGUGCAGCUGUCGCCAUCGAUAUUCCCGUCCGCGGAUGCAAUGAAGCGGGUAAUGGAAUAUAGUACCCAUGGCCGAGCAUUCUUCAGUGCGCGCUCGUUUGCGCGAUUGCAGGUUGCUCUGUCGGAUUGUGGGAAUCUGGUUGCGGUCGGGUUAGGGCAGAAAUUGCAUGUUUAUCUCUUAACUCAGAUGGGAAAGCAGAGGCAGAACCAGGUCCAGCAUGUGGAAGUGAAUGUCAGUGAUAGCAUCCUCGACUCGAUCCAGAGCGUGGAGUUUGCAGAGGGUGAUGAGGUGUUGCGCUGCGAGGUUGAUAGCGUCGAGGGGUCUUAUGUGCGGUAUCUGGGCUUUAGGAAAUGCAGCUGUACCGGUUUAAAGGCAUCAUUAAGUGCCGCGCUGAAGUUCAAGUUCUGGAAGGUUGCGCUACGACAUGUUUACCUGGAUUCGAGAGAUGUCGAGGAUAGUUUAGGAGAUGGGAUGUCUCUCCGGGGGAUGCGGUUGGUCAAGUCUCCCCGGCGACCUGGGGAGUGUACAUGCAGGGCUGGAAAGUACUUCUUUGCAAUGUUUCGACCGGGAACGUGUGAGAAUAAGUACGCUGUUGCCCGGAUAUCGAGUGGCGGGGUUGAUGUUAUACAGCGCAUCCCAGCCCGUCGGAUGCAGUUCACAAGCUACCUCGAAACACGAACGCCGUUGCAAGGUCACAGUUCAGAUGCGGAUCGCUGGGAUUUGGAGAAUCUACCUCUUGCGCACUGCCAUGAUCCGAUACUAAAUGUAUCCGAUGAUGGCAAGAUUCUGGCCGUUUUCGAACCGCCGUACGGACAGGCCCACGGGGUGAUAUAUCUGUGCUCUGGUGAUUCCAUGUACUGGGGUGAUGUUAAAACGGCUUCGCAGGCGUGGCCUGUUCCAUUGUGUUCUCUAGACCAUGAUCUUGACUCUUUACAUGUUUCUUUGGAUGGAACUGGGUAUGUUGUCGGUGCUGGUUCUCAGCGGCAUACCAUGCAGUGGAGGCUUCAGGUUUAACGAGUAUAUGACUUUACAAGAUGUGAUGCAGUAUAAUUAAUUCUAAUUUCAGUCUCAAUAUCUAGUUGCCACCUUCACAUGACUGUCAUAAAGAUGAGCCUUAUAGACUACCUGAACAGGGAUCAAACCGC